AUGGCUUUCUUGGAGACUGGACCUCCAGGUGAUAAGAGUUGCACUAGAGCAGCAGAUUGCGGAGACAGCUGGUGCGAGUUGUGUGACGCGGAUUCGUCGAUCCGAGGUAGGAGCUCAGACAAGAGCCGGGUCUCCAUUGGAAGCAUGGCGAUUGGAGCUAGAACACUCCCUUUCAUGCAGUUGCUCAAGAAGGGGUUACUGAACACUGGGGACACCACAGCCGAUGUUGAAACAACGCUGCGAGACGGGGAUAGGAUGACAGACGCCACCAGGGAGCCAGAUGAGGUUGAGAGGGAUCGGAGAGGUUCAGCCGGUAAUCCCCGCGAUCCUAUUCGACCGCCUCGCCUUGUCACCUGCCGGCUUAUCCUCGACUUCACAGCCACCAGAGCACAAAGCAGAAGAUACUACGACUGUACAGACAUCUGCCACAACACCGGACUUUCAAUCAAAACUCGUCUCAAAAACUGCCCAUUCCCUAGACAAAUGUCAUCUGCAAUGAAACACUCCGAUCACAACGGCGGAAUUUCAAGGAGACAUGGGAUGUUAGACAAUGUCUUCAGCCCUCGGAUAGAUCCACGAGUAAGAAUCAAAACUGGUCUCCAGGAUGACUGCCGGCCUCGUGUUGGUUCCAAUCCCUGGGGACAUUCAACCUCACUUGAAUGGCUCUGGUCGGCGGCCGAAUGCAUCCCGGCAUUAUGUGCAAGGCCCAGUCGCACAGCUAGCAUCAGUACAGUAUUUGGAAUUCUGCGUGCCCAGGUGUGCGGAACGUGUUGCACGACUUUUCUUUGCGAAACCCCUGACGAUUUGAGGAGACUUGGUUUGAAAAGUCGAGCAUUUGAUGGGUUGAUGUCACCUGGGUGUUGGUCCUUAUUGACCGAUUUCGGCAUUGAUCUGAAACCGAGAGCGGGAGGGAGGGAGAUAAGGCGCCGGGAAGCGAACCCCUCGCAAGUGGGUCGUAGUGAUCUUCCAGGACAUUGGCUUUGGGGGAUCUCCAAGGCAUCGACAGAGAUGCCAGGCACAAUGCCGCUAAUGCAGCGCAACACUGCUAUAGGCAGCCUCCCCGCCUCCAACAACCCCACUUCCUAG